AGUUCUCUUUCGUUCGUCGCGUUCAUGUGUUGGUGGUUUUCAAUCUGGCUGCCUGCCUGCUUGCGGUUUGAAAUUUUCAUUCAAUCCGAAGAAAAAGUGAAGGCCUCCAUUCGCUGCAGGUAGUGGUUCUUGGAAGCGGAAAAAAUAGUGUCUGCCUGCGAGCCGUCCGAAAAUAUUAUCGAUUACGGGCGGAGACCGUGCUAACGAGUUUGGUGAGGAUUAGCUGAAGUACCUGUUGUUUCCCCCGGAAGAGGCUGACUGGGGACCAGCCCCGUGUGUGUUUUUUUUGUGUUGGAAAAAGUGGUGCCCCUUGUGUGCAUUCAUGUGAUUUCGAGCGCAGGAAGAAUACGAAAUAGAGGAAAAUGGCCUGCGCUAGCGCUACGACGACAGGCACCAGUAUGGAAGUGGUAGCGCCGACCAAUGUCUCCGUCGCGACCAGACCAUCUCGGUUUACGAUGGAGGGCGUUGGAUCCCGGGUUAUCCGCGGACCGGACUGGAAAUGGGGCAAACAGGAUGGCGGUGAAGGCCACGUCGGGACGGUGCGCAAUUUCGAAUCCCAAGAGGAGGUGGUCGUUGUCUGGGACAACGGCACUGCCGCCAACUAUCGAUGCGCGGGCGCAUACGAUCUCCGCAUUCUGGACAGUGCCCCGACCGGUAUCAAGCAUGAGGGCACCAUGUGCGACACCUGCCGCCAGACGCCGAUCUUCGGCAUACGCUGGAAGUGUGCCGAGUGUAAUAACUACGAUCUGUGCUCGAUUUGCUAUCAUGGCGAUAAGCAUCAUCUGAGGCAUCGGUUUCAUCGGAUCUCGACGCCCGGGGGUGAGAAAACGCUGCUAGAGCCACGGCGCAAAACAAAGAAGAUUGCUGUGCGAGGGAUUUUUCCGGGGGCUCGGGUUGUGCGGGGGGUUGAUUGGCAGUGGGAGGAUCAAGACGGGGGGAAUGGUCGACGUGGAAAGGUCAACGAGAUACAGGAUUGGUCAUCGGCCUCGCCACGUUCUGCCGCCUAUGUAGUGUGGGAUAAUGGAGCGAAGAAUUUGUACAGGGUUGGGUUUGAAGGGAUGGCCGACUUGAAGGUGGUGAAUGAUUCCAAGGGCAAUAAUGUGUAUCGAGAUCAUCUGCCAUUGCUGGGCGAGUUUGGACCGGGUCGAGGGCCGCACAGCUUCCAGAUCGGAGACCAGGUGACGGUGGAUUUGGAUAUCGAGAUUGUGCAAUCGUUGCAGCACGGUCAUGGUGGCUGGACCGAUGGGAUGUACGAAUGUUUGAACACUACAGGAACGGUGGUCGGUAUCGAUGAGGAUCACGAUAUUGUGGUGGCGUACCCGAGCUCGCACCGGUGGACAUUCAAUCCGACCGUGCUGACGAUCGUUUCGUCUCCAGCUUCGAUGCUAACUGAGAAUCAAUCGCAACAGUUUGCGGUGGGCGAUUUUGUGAAGAUUUGCAGCGACCUGGAGAGGAUUAAGAUACUGCAGCGUGGUCAUGGAGAAUGGGCUGAAGCUAUGGUUCCAACGCUGGGCAAGGUUGGAAGGGUACAGCAGGUGUACCACGAUAACGAUCUGAAGGUAGAGGUGUGCAACACCUCGUGGACGUACAAUCCGUUGGCGGUUACAAAAGUGGCUUCCUCAUCGGAUGGUUCAACGGCAGUCACCACCAACGGAGAGCGAUUGUCGGCUAUUUUGAAGAAACUAUUCGAACCACAUGCAUCGGGAGAUACUACCGAAGAGUUGGUGAAGGCCGCUGCCAACGGAGAUGUCGCUAAAGUUGAGGAAUUCCUGUCCGGAUCCACCGCACAAAACGUCGCUUCUUCGUCCUCCAGUUCGCAGGAUUCUUCUCAAGUGAUCAAAGUCGACGUCAAUGGAGUAUUUGCUGGUCACACCGCUUUGCAAGCGGCCAGUCAAAAUGGUCACCUAGAAGUGAUCCAAGUUCUACUACGAUACAGUGCAGACGUUGAGAUUGAGGAUAAAGAUGGUGAUCGUGCCGUUCAUCAUGCUGCGUUUGGAGACGAGCCCGGAGUUAUGGGAUUGCUGGCUAAGGCCGGAGCCGAUCUAAACGCCAGAAACAAGCGACGACAGACGGCACUUCAUAUUGCAGUCAACAAGGGGCACUUCAACGUCGUUAAAACCCUGCUGGAACUUAGCUGCCAUCCAAGUUUGCAGGAUUCCGAAGGCGACACCCCACUCCAUGAUGCUAUUUCGAAGGAACAUGACAAUAUGCUUUCACUGCUGCUGGAUUACGGUGCGGAUAUCACCUUAACCAACAACAACGGGUUCAAUGCUUUGCACCACGCUGCACUAAAAGGCAAUCCGAGCGCCAUGAAGAUUCUACUGACGAAAACCAACCGCUUGUGGAUCGUGGAAGAGAAGAAGGAAGAUGGCUACACCGCGUUACACCUGGCUGCUCUGAACAAUCACGUUGAAAUUGCUGAACUACUGGUCAAGAUGGGCAAAGCGAACAUGGACUGUCAGAAUGUCAACCUGCAAACGGCACUGCACCUGGCGGUGGAACGUCAGCAUGUCCAGAUCGUCAAACUGCUGGUCCGUGAAGGGGCUAACCUGAACAUUCCCGACAAGGACGGUGAUACGCCCCUUCACGAAGCCUUGAGACAUCACACUUUGUCCCAGCUGCGGCAACUUCAGGACGUCGAAGGAUUCGGAAAGAUUCUGAUGGGACUAAGGAAUAACACCGACAAGAAAGCCUCCGCUUCGAUCGCCUGCUUCCUAGCGGCCAACGGUGCCGAUCUGACCAUCAAGAAUCGCAAGCUCCAAACACCGCUGGACCUAUGUCCGGAUCCAAACCUCUGCAAGACCCUCAUCAAAUGCUACAACGAACGUAAGACAGACGAUAUGGACAUGACUGCCGCAGGUGGCACCGCUUUGCCGGCAUCCAAUAUGUUGCGCAACGGUACACCGAGCGCAGGAGCAGCAACCGCGCCUAGCGCUUCUGCUCUAGUGCCAGGUUCCACUCCAGGCAUCUCACCCGUGGCAGUGGUAGAUGCCAACCUGCUGAAUGAUCUUAACAAAAUGUCCAUCCAGCCGACUGUCGGUGGCCAGAAUAGCGUAGCUGGUACUAAUGGAAGUCCACUGGACGAGUGCCUGCUCUGUUCGGAUCAGAAACGAGACACCAUAUUCAAACCGUGUGGACACGUCGUGUGUUGCGACAAUUGUGGUCCUCGAAUCAAAAAGUGUUUGAUCUGUCGGGAAGCUGUUACGGAGCGGGAAAAGAUUGGCGAGUGUUUGGUUUGUUCCGACAGGAAGGCUUCGGUAUUCUUCAAACCUUGCGGUCACAUGGUUGCAUGCGAUAAUUGCGCCCAAAUCAUGAAGAAGUGCGUCCAAUGUAGGGUUCAGCUAGAACAGAAGGUUCCGCUGUCGGUGUGCAGCGGUGGACCAGGAAACGUUGUCACGGUUCAGUACCAGCGCGACGAAAAGAAGGAAGGCAAUCAGACCGUUCUGCAGGGUAUCAACAAGAGUGGUCAUGGCGUGGCCAUGAACAACACCAUGUCGCCGAACGUUAGCGGAGUGAGCGGCACCCCGACGUCACUGACCACCAUGAACAACAUCGGCGUAGGAAACGUUGCUCCAAGCAAUCUGAACCUGGCCGAUGACGUCCAGAAACUUCAGCAGCAACUGCAGGACAUCAAGGAACAGACAAUGUGCCCGGUCUGUUUCGAUCGCAUCAAAAACAUGGUGUUCCUGUGUGGCCAUGGAACGUGCCAGAUGUGCGGAGACCAAAUCGAGGGAUGCCCGAUCUGUCGCAAAACGGUGGAGAAGCGGAUUUUACUGUUUUAAAACUAAAAUAAUCGCACAACAUUCUGCGCUUGAACAAGUAACAUCCAUCCGCCCCCGCGGAAUCUACUUGGUAAAAACAUUCUACGAAAAUCAAAAUACCGUCGCUGUGUUUACGCGUAUCGUAUAAUAGGUUUUUAAAAUGUGUCAAUUCUCAAUCAAAACUAGUUUUCUUCAGUUGUUUAUGGUUAAUCGUUGAGAAUGCUUUCUUAUUGCCUACUCCGUGGUUAAUAAGAAAGGUCAAGUUUACGUUUUAACGAUUUUUUUUUAAUUUUCGCGCACAGAAUAGUGUUUGACCUACAUUUUAUUUUGAAUUAGUUGCAGUAUGCAAGUAGUGCUCGAAACACGUUUUCCGUCUUCUUAUUGGAGUUGGUUAGCUCCAACUACAACACAUUUCAACGUUGAACCGAAACAAUCUAUGAAGUUGCAUUACGCAAAAAAAUACAAUUGUGGAUAAACCUAGUUGGAUAAUUAUACAAAAUUGAUCUAGUUACACAAAUAUAUUUGCAAGGAGAUUCAUAGUGUCCCAGUAUAAUAAUAACAGAAAACUGUCCAACAGAAAGAAGGGCAACUCAAUCGCUAUGUGCAACAUCUAAUUACUGCAAAUCUGAUGGUUAUAAAUAUCUUAUUUCGAAAUAAAGUCGAUUAUGAAUAUCAAUAUCAAUU